AUGAUUCCAAAAAACUGUUCUUCUAUAAACGCCACAAGUGAAACUAGUGUGGGGAAUGAAACUGCCGCAACCCUGGGUGGCCUCAUCCUCACCAUGGUCUUUUUGUUGGGGUUCCCUGGAAACCUCUUCGUCAUUUGGAGCAUCCUUGCAAGAGCCCGAAAACAAUCCGUUACUACCAUACUUAUCCUCAACCUAGCCAUUGCAGAUGGUUCUCUGAUGGCUCUCACCCCGUUCUUCAUUGUCUACCUGAUUCUGAAGAAGUGGGUGAUUGGGAAUGUGAUGUGUAAGAUCCUCUUCUACCUCUGUUUGGUCAACAUGUAUGCCUCUAUUCACCUCAUCAUGCUAAUGAGUAUUUAUCGAAUGGUGUCGGUGAUUUGGCCACGGCGGAUUAGUGUGAUCACUGGCAAAAGGACACUUAUGCGUAUCCUGGCAGUGGUAUGGGCACUGGUGGUGAUUGCCUCUAUUCCUGCACUUAUUUUCCGUGAAGUAUCUUGUAAAAAGACAUCUCCAGGCUUGUCGUGUGACUCGCACCAUGAAAAAGACAGCCACGUGGUUCUGCAGUACACGCUGGAGCUUGUUUUAGGAUUUAUAUUACCUUAUGGGGUCAUUGUAGUCUGCUACAUUUGCAUUUUACAACGAAUUCGUCAGACCAAAUUCCAACGUACUAUUCGCACUGAAAAGCUCAUUCUUGCCAUUGUGUUGACCUUCUGCUUAUUCUGGCUGCCCUACCAUAUCAUCAACGUGGUUCAAGUUACAUGGGCUCUGUGUCCAAAUGGUGCAGUAAAAGUAACGUUGGCUAAAAUAUGGAGUGGAAGUCGUGCUGUCGUCUCUUCCAUCGCCUUCAUCAGCAGCUGUGCCAACCCUGUGCUCUACUUCUUCGCAGGAAAGUCCUAUAUUAGAAGAGAAGGCAUGGCAUUCAUGGCUCGUUUGUUCGAAGGCGCUGGUUUGGACUACUCCAGGAAGAGCCGACAAAACAGCCAGAACAGCCGUGAUAAAUACAAAGAUGCAGAUGUUGUUCAGCUCAAUGACAAAGUUCUAGAAGAUCAAGACUCUACCACAAACUCAAGCAAGUGA